UGCGUGCUUAAGCUGUGUACCGUACACAGAUCAUUGCCCAGGCGUCCCAUGUACCCUGCAAGACCGGUUUUAAGGGCCACAGGUCGCCAGAUCUACCUUGCAAAUAUACCCAGCUCCUGUGGGUACGCCAGGCUUAUCGUCAUUGUCAGGUAAUUUCUGAUGAUUUGACGCUACAAAAAGCGUUUACGGCUAUUACGCUGCGUCAGUUCUGCGUCGCAAGACAGGGGAGACUGUAGCAGAGGUAGCCCGACGUUUUUCUUUUUGUUGAAAUUAUCAGACAGACCGACAAGGAGGCGUAGACACCUUGCCCAAGGGGAGGACUCUCAAGAAUAUAUCCCAAGAUCUGAAGUCAUCCUGAAGGUGCUACAGCACAGCCAGACAAGAUGGCGAACAUAAUGGACAAACUGUCGAGCCUGGAGGACGAGAAUCUGGAACUGAAGAAGAAACUGGUCAGUCUCCUUAAAGACAUUGACUCCAACAAGUCUGACAAAGACACGGAGACGCCUUCCAGUUCUGAAGGAGAGGACAAGAAUCUUGCAACUACUCCUCCGGAGAAGGACGACAAAACACCCGAGACAGACCCCGACGACAAAGACGAAAAGGACGUCAAGACGGACGAGCCCGAGCCGAAGAAAGAUCGAGAAACCGAGCCGGAAGCCGACGACAAAGAUGCCAAGGAUCUGAAGACGGACGAUCCCGACCCAAAGGUUGAAAAAACACCGGAAACUUCUCCGGAGCCUCCCGACGACAAGGACGUGGAAACAGAACCCGACGACAAGUCGGACAAGAACCCCGAGACAGAGUCCGACGACAAGUCGGACAAGAACCCCGAGACAGAGUCUCCAGAAAAGAAACCAAGAGAGACGGAGACCGAGCCCGAUCCAGCAGAGGAGAAAGACGCGAAGGAUCUCGCCACGGUGAAGGAGGACAAGGAACAGAAGAAUCCGGAAACUGUAGAGCCUGAGACAGAACCAAAGGACGUAUCCACCGAUCCCAUUGAAUCCAAAGAACCUGAAACCGACAAGAAGGAACUCGAAACCGACACUGAAGACAAAAAAGACAGGAAUCCUGAAACCGAGAGUCCAGAGAAGGAACCAAAAGAAACGGCAACCGACCCGGGUGAGACCGACAAGAAAGAUGUCUCCACAGAGCCGGAAGAGAAGGAUCAAAAGACGCCACAGACAGAGCCUCCGACAACAGAUGAGAAAGACACCGAGACCGAAAGCGAUCCUAAAGACGACAAGACGGCGUCAACAGAGCCACAAGAAAAGAAACCAAGAGAGACGGAGACCGAUCCCGACGAAAAGGACGCGAAGGCCACGGCAACAGAGCCUGCUGACACCGACGAGAAAGAUCUUGGCACAGAGAAGGAAACUCCAGACAACAAGGACGUCGCUACUACUAGCGAUCCGAAAGAUGCAAAGGAACUUGGAACAGAGGUAGAAGAAAAAGUUCCUAAAACAACAGAGCCUGACGUCGAAGAAAAGCCUGACAAACUGACCGCUACUGAUCAGGAAGAAAAGGACGACAAAUCCCCACAAACAGAGGCGCCUGAAACUCUUCCCAAAGAAACGGCCACAGUGGAAGACCCGAAAGACGCCAAGGCAGUCGGAACCGACAAGGAGGAGAAAGAAGACAAAGCACCUGAGACGGAGGCACCUCCGGAUCCGGUCCCUAAAGAGACGGAAACGGAAGUUCCGGAGGUCAUUCCUAAGCAGACAGCGACGGAUCCGGAAGAGACGGACGACAAGGCUUUCGGUACCGACCCGGAGAAAACCGACGAGAAGGAUGUUGGCACCGAGAAGGAAGAUAAAGAAGAAAAGACUCCACAAACUGACGUUCCUGUUGUGGUACCCAAGGAAACGGAGACAGAGGAAGAAAGCAAAGAACCCAAGAGCAUCGGAACGGUAGCUGAAGAAAAACUUGCUAAGACAACAGAGCCUGAGGUUGAAGAAAAGCCUGACAAACUGACCGCUACUGACCAGGAAGAAAAGGACGACAAAUCUCCACAAACAGAGGCGCCUGAAACUCUUCCCAAAGAAACGGCCACAGUGGAAGACCCGAAAGACGCCAAGGCAGUCGGAACCGACAAGGAGGAGAAGGAAGACAAAGCACCUGAGACGGAGGCACCUCCGGAUCCGGUUCCUAAAGAGACGGAAACGGAAGUUCCCGAGGUCAUUCCUAAGCAAACAGCGACGGAUCCGGAAGAGACGGACGACAAGGCUUUCGGUACCGACCCGGAGAAGACCGACGAGAAGGAUGUGGGUACGGAAAAAGAGGCAAAGGAGGAUAAAACUCCGCAAACAGACGUCCCCGUUGUGGUACCCAAGGAAACGGAGACUGAAGAAGAAGCUAAAGAACCGAAAAGUGUCGGCACAGUCAGCGAAGAAAAACUUGCUAAGACAACAGAGCCAGACGUUGAAGAAAAGCCUGACAAACUGACCGCUACUGACCAGGAAGAAAAGGACGACAAAUCUCCACAAACAGAGUCGCCGGAAACUCUUCCAAAAGAAACGGCCACAGUGGAAGACCCGAAAGACGCCAAGGCAGUCGGUACUGACAAGGAGGAGAAGGAAGACAAAGCACCUGAGACGGAGGCUCCUCCGGAUCCGGUCCCUAAAGAGACGGAAACGGAAGUUCCGGAGGUCAUUCCUAAGCAAACAGCGACGGAUCCGGACGAGACCGACGACAAAACAUUUGCCACCGAUCCAGAGAAAACCGACGAGAAAGACCUCGGCACGGAGAAGGAAGAAAAAGACGAGAAGACACCUGAGACCGUGGCUCCUGUCGUAGUUCCCAAGGAAACGGAAACCGAGGAGGAAUCAAAAGAACCCAAAAGUGUUGAAACCACUCCGGAAGAGAAGGCAUCGAAGACGACGGACAUGGAAGUUGAAGAAAAGCCAGACAAGGUAGCCGCUACCGACGAGGAAGAAAAGGGCGCCAAACUCCUCGGGACGGAUGCUGAAGAAAAAGAGGAGGCCGAUAUCCAGACUGAUGCCGCGCCUGCACCGAUCCCGAAACAGACGGAAACUGAACCAGAGGAAAUCGACCAGAAGCAGACAGAGACGGAUCCGGAUGAGACGGAUGGAAAGACACUCGGUACAGACAAGGAGGAAAAGGACACUAAAGAUUCGGCCACAGUUGCUCCUGUUAUCGUACCAAAAGAAACGGAGACAGAAGUAGAAGAGAAAGACGGGAAAGACACAGGAACAGACCCGAUCCCUCAGGAGGAUAAAGGAACCGCAAUGGAUCUCCAGACGGAUGAGAAGAUCACUGCCACUGACAAGGAAGCUAAGGAAGAAAAGGCAGAAGAGACAGAACAAGAAGAGAAGGAUGAAAAGUAUCUGGAGACAGACCUGGAUGAAGUGAUGAAGAAAGACCUGGCAACGGUAGACGAGGAGGUUGUACAGAAAGGUGUGGAGACAGACAAAACGGAGACUGAGAGCGUUGGCACUGCUACUGAGGUGGAAGAGAAAGUUGCAAAGGUGAAGGAAACUGAUAAAACAAAGACAGAAGAAGUCGGCACCGUCACAGAGAAGGAAGAGAAAGUGGGGAAGGACGAAGAGACAGAUGCACCAGAGAAAGAAUCUAAGAUCAGCGCCACAGAAAAGGUAGAAAUCUUUCUGAAAGAGAUUGGGGUUGAAAGAGAAAUACAGGAUAACGGCACGCAGACGAUUGAAGAGCUGCUGGAUAAGGCGAUAGAAACACUCGAAGAGGUAAAGGACGAGAAAACAAACGAGACUGAUGUCGAGGAAAAAGAGCCCAAGACAACAGAAACUGAGAGAGAGGAGAAAGCUGCAAAGCAGAUCAGUGUGAAGGUCAUCGUGGAAAAGAUUGACCAAGGAACCAGCAUGGAAUUUGACGAAGAUGAGAAGUGCAUCGGAACCGAUGCAGAGGCGGUGGGGACAACCGUUGCGUAUCAAACAGAAGAAGAAACGAAGGAGGAAAAGGUCCUGGUGACAGACAAAGAAGAGUUCCUACAGAAGCAUAUCCACACAGAUCAGGUGACCACAGCUGACGCCGAAAAUAUCACAGAGGCUUCUUUGAAGGAAGAUAAGAGCCUGACUACUAUAAUCUUCGUAGGAACGAGCCAAGGCACGCAGACGGAGAAAGAAGUUACAGAUAAGACGAUUGGUAUUGUGAGGGAGUUGCAGAACAAGCAACACGGAACAGACGUUGUUGCGGUGAGCGCCGGAGAGACACAGACGGAGGCGCUUGGGGUCGGGAUGACAUCGUCUGAGACGCAGACAGAGAAGGUGGAGAGAGUAGUCAAGGAAAUCGCAACUUUGAAAGCCGAGAAGAAGCCUUCAAAGACCAUGGCGACGGAUAAGGUUAAGGUUCAGGACAGUGGAACUCAGAAGUCAGGACCUCACAUGGAUCCCAAAGCUACUCAGACUGAAGCGGCCAAGGAGGAAGUGAAAGCAGUGGAGUAUGUCAGAGUAGGCAAGACGCUCCAAACAGACAUCAUUAAAAAGGUUGGCAAGAAGACUGGUACUCCAGGCGGCAGGCCACGUGAUUAUGCCAACACCCUGGUGCAGACUGAAGAAUGGAUCCCGGACUUUGGAAAACAGAGGCAAAGAUCGAGGAGAAGGAAGACGAGACAGCUGUCCAGCCAGUCGGACCUGUUCGAGAGACUGACGAAAAGAUAAUCGAGACCGACAAACCGAUCAAAGUGAGCAAGAAAACAGGCACCAAAGGAAGUCGAGCAUAUCUGGAGUACAGAAGCAGCGGCAUCCAAACCGACGAGCAGGCUGUUGAAGAAAAGGAAGAAAAAGAAUUG